AUGGUGGUAGUAUCUGGUUCACCAUGGGCCAGGAGGCUCAUCUUUGUCGCCAUCUCUCUCAAUCUACUCAUGUGGUUGUUUGUUAUGCAAUCGCAAAGCGCACUCAGUCGCGACGAUCUAGUACAACCGCUCCCUCAAACAGCCGACGAAGCCGUGAUCGCAGCAGCCGAAGCAGCAAAUGGCCCGACAGCGACCGUCACCGGGUCCAAGACAUUUCCGACAUUUCACUCUUGGAGCAACUUUCAGGUCGUGACGCCAAAGAACCAAAAGACGUAUCCCUAUCGCAAGUUCAAGAGCUCGCCGCAUAGCCCGCCUCACAUCAGCUGGUCGACCAACGGCAAAAAACAGUCCAAGGGAUAUGUCUUUAUCACCCCGCAGUCCAAGGUCAACGAGAAGGGUCUGAAGCAGGAGGCUUCCUUCAUCAUGAAGACCAACGCCGAGAUGAUAUACGCCCACGAAGAGUCCUUGGCCAGCGAGGGGAUGGGAGUUCAACCCCUCGAAGAUCAGCAGUAUCUCACCAUUUGGCGAGGCGUACACAGAAACGGCUACGGAUUCGGCGAAGUGGUUCUCCUCGACCAUCAAUACAAAGAGACAGUCGUAAACCUGGACGAGAGCAUGUCUGCUAUAUUCGGCCAAAAGUUCCCCGGCAACCUAGACUUUCACGAGGCGGAACUCACAUCGAGAGGAACCAUCCUCGUCACGGCUUACAAUACCACGAGAGCAGACCUAAGGUUGAUCGGAGGUCCUGUGGACGGCUACGUCGCCGACUCCAUGUUUUUCGAGAUUGACAUUGAGACUAAGGAGAUCCUCUUCAGCUGGAGCUCCCUCGAGCAUUUUAGAAUUGAAGAUUCAAUGCUGCCCCGCGUUACGACCAUGGGAAAUGGAGGUCAGAGGAACCCUUACGACUUUUUCCACCUCAAUUCGAUCCAACUCGUUGGCCACGACUCUUUCCUCAUCAGCAGUCGACACUUCUGGUCGGUGUACCUGAUUUCGCGAUCUGACGGACGAGUACUGUGGGAGUUGAAGGGUAACAGCAGGGGAGGAAGCUUUGGAGCUCUGCCGCCUCAUGGGCGAUUCCGCUGGCAGAACCAUGUCAGGGCACACAAUGCCACUUCUACAGGCAUGAUGAUUAGCAUGUUUGACAACCACAACUCGGAAGAAGACAAUGGCAAGACUGCCUCAAGAGGUCUUCUCCUUAAGUUGAAGCUUCCCCCGGAUACGUCGGAAAAGCCCACCGUUCUCCGCGUGCUGCAAUCCGACAGAGCUCGCUUCUCAACAGACUACGGAAGCUACCAACUAGACCUCAGCAACAACAACCAAUUCGUGAGUUACGGCGAAGGUGGUGUAGUCCAAGAGUUUGGCCCUGGCGACGGUACCGACCUCCGCUGGGAAGGCCACUUUGGACACGACGACUCAGUACAAUCCUACCGAGCCUUCAAGCAAACAUGGCACGGCACACCCGCACAGUGGGACCCAGCCCUGGUGGUAGAGAAGCCCAACGACGUGGUGAUGGGCUACGUGAGCUGGAACGGAGCGACAGACAUCGAAGCGUACAACGUGUACACCGUCGAGCGAGGUGUAGCGAUGCGUCCCCUCGGAAAAGCAGUAACCUGGGGUUUUGAGACGGGUUUCGACCUACCUGUUGCGCUCAACAAGACGACUUGCCUCAUGGUGGCGGCUGUGAGAGGAGGGCAGGAGAUUCGGCAGUCUAAUGUGGGAUGUAUAGAGGGUACAAAGUUCAAGUCGACGUUCAAGGUGGUUGAGGAUAAGAAGACGUCGAGGGCAGGGGGCAUGCUUCAAAAGAUCCUAGGAGGUCUGGCGUGA